AUGACAGCAGGAAAUCAAGUUUGUCACUGGAGUAAACAGGUGUGGUUGAGGAUGAACAUACCAAAGCAUAGCUUUGUGCUUUGGCUAGCUGUGCAAGACAGGUUAAAGACCAGGCAAAGAUUGGUCAGAUUUCAGAUUGCAACAGAUGCAAAAUGCAUUCUUUGCAAUGAAUCUGAUGAAACAACCGAGCACUUGUAUUUCUGCUGCAAAUACUCGAAGGAGUGUCUUGAACAAGUCAAGGCAUGGCUCGGCUGGGGUGCUACAACCAAAUCACUGCAAGAGAUCAUUAGGUGGUUAAAUAGAGCCAAGAAAUCCAAGUUCAGAAAGGCUGUAUAUGCGGCUGCUACUGCAGCUUUAGUCUAUCAUAUUUGGAGAACCAAGAACUGCAUUUUAUGGCAGGGAAACAAUACUCAAAUGAUUCAAGAAGUGAAGUGGCAAGUAAAAACUAGGAUCACUUGUGUGAUGCCUAAAACAGUAGCUCAAAUAGAUUAUGACUGGUUUGAUUCUUUGUAA